ACCGUAUAUAUGGCGACGCAGCGCUAUUUUGAACACAAAGUUUUGAGUCGUCGACCGUUGCGGACGGAAAUUCAGAUUAGGAUCUGUGUUAAUUUAGUAAAAAAUAAAGUUAACCGCGCGUUCCGUAAUUCCACUCACACACAUACCAACACCCAAGCAGCAGCAGUAGCCGCAGCGGAUUAAAACUUCGUCACUCUAGCAACAAACAGAAAAAAAAACACCUACAAAAAUGGCCGAUCAGCUGACAGAGGAACAGAUCGCCGAGUUCAAAGAGGCAUUCUCGCUAUUCGACAAAGACGGCGAUGGCACCAUCACAACAAAGGAGUUGGGCACAGUCAUGCGCUCCCUGGGCCAGAAUCCCACAGAGGCCGAGCUGCAGGACAUGAUCAACGAGGUUGAUGCCGACGGCAACGGCACAAUUGACUUCCCUGAAUUCCUUACAAUGAUGGCACGCAAAAUGAAGGACACCGAUAGCGAAGAGGAGAUCCGGGAAGCCUUCAGAGUGUUCGACAAGGACGGCAACGGCUUCAUCUCGGCGGCCGAGUUGCGUCACGUGAUGACAAAUCUGGGCGAGAAACUCACAGACGAGGAGGUCGAUGAGAUGAUCCGGGAGGCUGAUAUCGAUGGCGACGGUCAGGUCAAUUACGAAGAAUUCGUGACUAUGAUGACAUCGAAGUGAAGCGUUAAAUUAUUUCUUUUUAAGCCUUUCUAUUUUUUUAAGAUGUUGACGAAGACUGUAGCUGUGCGCAAUAACAUCGCGCCACGCUGUUGCUAUGGACCCCAGUAAAAGAUCUUAAAAAAAAACAACAACAACAAACAACAAAGAGUUAAGCAAAAAACAACCAACAUAAAGGAGAAUAAGAAGCAAAAAACAUUUAAGAAACUUUAAAACAAAUAAAAAACUUACACUUAAAAAAUGCAAAAGCAAAUGAAAAUUUAAACAAGCGAAAAUGAAACAACCGAAUUGAAUUCAAAGGGAAAGAGAUGUUGAACGCGAGGGAAAACAACAUAAUUUUAAUGCAACAAACAACAACCAAGCAGCAUACUUAAUGAAGUCACCGUUUAAAACCACAAACAACUACAACAA